AUGGGCCCAGAAGAGAAUACUGCCAUGACACAAACAUCUGCAGCUGUGCUCAUUCAAGCAUGGUGGCGCGGCACACUACUGCGACGCUCGCUGCUGAGUGCCGCCCUCAAUGCGUGGAUCAUUCAGUCCUGGUGGAGAAAGAUACUGUUGAAGGUGCGGGAGAAGAGACGUCAGGCGGCUCUGCAGCUUUAUGCUCAAAAAACAUGGGCAACGGUCACACUGCAGUCCUGGUUCCGAAUGUGGCGCAUCCGCCAACGAUACUGUCGUUUGCUAAAUGCUGUCCGCAUCAUCCAGGUUUAUUGGCGUUGGCAUAGUUGUCACACUCGUGGCUUUAUCCAGGGCGACUAUGAAAUCAAAGAAAAUCAUCUGAAUAUUCAACUUGAAAUUUCCCUGGGCUCACAGGCUUGCAAGGUGCAGCAAUGCAUAACCCUACCAAUAAAAGAGUGA